AAGAAGUAAGAACGAAUUAAAAAAAAAAACAAAGUUGUGACUUGAGAAGUUGAGAAUUUGGUUUUGUUUUUUGUUUACUUUUGACUAAUUUUGGAAGAAUAGUAUGAGUGAAAAACUAAAAGAACUACGGGAACGAUCUCAAAAACGAAAAAAGCUAUUAGCUCAAACGCUUGGCGUGUCAAGUGUCAGUGAAUUAAGGCACGCUCUCGGCACUGGUGAUGUUUUACCGAAGAAACAAGCAUUAACUGAUUACAACUCGGAUGGAAAUGAAAAACCAACAACAAAAGAAAACGAUAGCUUAGUUUAUACUGAUUCAUCUACAUUUCUAAAGGGAACACAAUCAUCAAAUCCACAUAAUGACUACUGUCAGCAUUUUGUUGACACUGGACAACGUCCACAAAACUUUAUCCGUGAUGUGGGCCUUGCAGACAGGUUUGAAGAGUAUCCAAAGCUACGAGAGUUAAUCAAAUUGAAAGAUGAACUAAUUUCAGAGACCGCUUCACCACCCAUGUAUCUAAAAUGUGAUCUCAAGAGUUUUGAUCUGAAAACAAUGGGUGUGAAGUUUGAUGUGCUGUUGGUAGAGCCUCCGCUGGGCGCUGGCUGGAGGUGGAAGGAUGUACUCGCUCUGGAGCUGCACCACAUAGCUCAGCCGCGCUCUUUCGUGUUCCUCUGGUGCGGGAGCUCCGAAGGUCUAGACAUGGGUCGCGAAUGUCUCAAGAAAUGGGGCUUCAGGCGCUGUGAGGAUAUCUGCUGGAUUAAAACCAACAUUAAAAAUCCAGGCCAUUCCAAGAAUUUGGAGCAUAAUGCUGUCUUCCAAAGGACAAAAGAGCAUUGUCUUAUGGGUAUAAAAGGCACAGUAAGGCGCUCGGUAGAUGGAGACUUCAUCCACGCCAACGUUGACAUCGACCUGAUCAUCUCUGAAGACCCGGAGUUCGGCAGCUCGGAGAAACCCAUAGAGAUCUUCCACAUCAUGGAACACUUUUGUCUGGGGCGCAGAAGGGUGCACCUGUUCGGCCGCGACUCCACCAUCCGGCCUGGCUGGGUCACCAUCGGCCACGACCUCACCAACUCCAACUUCAACGCCGACCUGUACGCCGCCAGCUUCGCGGAGGGUCGGGAGACCACGGGCUGCACCGAGCGCAUCGAGGCGCUGCGCCCCAAGAGCCCUCCCAACACCAGCAAGGGGGCUCGGCCCCGGGGCAGAGGAGGCUUCCGGGGCCGCGGACGGGGCCGGGGCGCCACGUAGCAUAUAGCCUCCAAUAAAUAUAUUUGUCAA